GUUGAGCGCUGGGCGUCGAGCGUCGAAGUCGAACGUCGUACCGCUUCCACGAGGCUGCAGCUGGGGGCUCUCCCCAACGAUCCGUAAAUUGAACCCCAACGAAAACUGAACUGUCCGCGAGUUUUCCGCCUUUCGACACAGAGUCUCGUGAUUCGCGGCUCGCGAUUGAUAACGAAAACAAGGCCUCCCGAAUAAAUUCAGUAUGCCGCAGAGCUCUACGAACAACUGGUCCUUCCAGCCACUCCACCGCCAGCGGAGCAACAGUGGGUACCCCCAGCAUGUGCUCAACACGGUGCCGGAGACAGCGGUGCUCACCACGCCCCCGCCCACGCGAAAACCGCUCACAAUACAAAUUGCUGGCGUUGCUGCAGCGGAAAGCGGACACAAGCGCAGAUUCUUAGCAGCGCGGAAAAAGCCGAAGAGCGCGAUGAAAAUGCUAGCGGACACGGAGCGUGAGGAGGCCCUCAACCUGCAAAUCGAGUUCGAAUGGGUGCUGCGGCAGGAAGUACACGCGAUACUGAAGCAGCUAAGGACCAUUCUGGUGGAAUGCGCCCAUCGCUUUCCGGUGCCCCUGUACGAGAACGAGGGAAAGAAGACUGAGAAGUUCAUACUCACCGUGUCGCCCGAUCAGCUGAAGGCCGUGCUAACGCUCACGGGCGAUGCCAUCACACAGGCCGACAUUAGCUUUAAGCUGUGCAAGGCCCCGAGCCAAACGCAACGUACCUCCAUCACACAUGACUCGCCGUGGAAGCUGCAGCAGGUCCAGGAUGCGGCCAAUCAUCUGCAGACCGCCAUCAAUCACAUAGACGAUGUCGACGACUCUUAUCACUUCAAAACCUCCGACGAAGUGCUGCAUGUGAUAGGCAACAUUCUGGACGCCCUCCAGCGCGGGAGGAACAGUCUGCUGGUGCCCAAGAAGAAGCCCAUUGACGAGCUCAUCAAGGGGCGGAACAUGAAGUCGCUGGUGCCCAAUCUGCCCGAGGACUUGGCCGUGAGCUUCUACCUGCAGAGCCACAAGCUGAUCAUUGCCGUCUACCAGCUGCUGAACAACCAGGGCACCAUGCGCUUCGAUUCCCGCCAGGCGGAGGCCUCCGUCCAGUGGCUUAACGAUGUGCUACUGCUGCUGAUGAAUGGCCAGAAACUGUGCCAGCAACUAAAAGACAAGAUAUCUGUGUUUUCGGUGUACAAAGACUUCACAGUUGGCUCGCGUUCGCCCUCAGCGCUUUCCUAUUGAGACGGAGACGAGGAGGAGGAGGGGCACCGGAAUGGAAAUGGGAAUCGGGAGUGGAUACCCUGAUGGAUGGCAACUGUGGAACGGCGACAGAAACAAUAACAACAAUAAUAGCUAAUAAAGAACCGUACUUGUAAUAGCGAAGUAAAUAAUGUUAGUUGAAAUGUUGCUACUGGAAACGGCACACCCAUAAUACCCAUGCAAACUAUACUAUACACUAUACAAUACUAAACCAUACCACACUGUACGGAUGCGUACAGUACAGAAAGAGUUAUAUACAACAACAUACAACUAGUUUAAUGUACACAAUCAACAUUCAUGUUAAAUUACGAUUACGUAGAACCUGAGUUCAUCGCUUCACGUCACUCCAAUUAUGCAUCAAAAUGCAUCUAGCACUAGGCUGAGAAUUGAAAACGGCAAAUGUUUGUGAAAACCAAUUGUGUUUUGUAUGUGUAACUAAAUGAAAUUGCUAGAUAAUUAUAGUUUACUCGUACGUGUAAUUUAAUGUAAUAUAUUAUGUCCCAUUAUUUAUGUUUGCCAAGGCGCAAUGUAAUCCACCCAGCAGUCGGCAGUCAGCAAUCGGUACUUACAACCUAUAUACAACCCAAUACCGCCCCACCAUAUGCCUAAGUACAUACAGAACAUGCGGAAGGGGGCGCCUACAUCGGCAUUUACAUGAUAUUGUUGUAAUAAACCAAACCGAAAUGUGAACAGAAUUUUUAAUUGUACUAAACACCGUUUUGUAUUCGUAUUCGUAAUUGUAUAUCCGUAAUCGUAUUCCCCAGUACUCGUUAAUGGUUAAUGGUUAAGCGCGCCUAAUCCUAAUCUAAUCCAAAGUCAUUUGUAUCAACGGCCUUUACUUCUCGUUUACUUUAUACAUCUACCAGGGAGUUUAUAAAGAUAUAUAGGAAAGUUAUUGAAUGAGAUGCAACGAAAACAAUUACCACUGUACUUAUUGAAUAUUGCAAUUGCCUAAGCACACCCCCAGAAGGCGUGGGAAAAGAAGACAACUAUUUAUAUAAUCACUAAGCGUACUUACUGUCCACAUUCAUUUAAUUGUUGUUGAAUAAAAAUUACCUUUUACCAAAA